AGUACCUUCGUGUGGUUCACGAGCAUUGCCCGAAUAUCAAAUCAUUAUCCUUGGGGUCAUUUCUGAAUUUGCGACGGAAUUUGAAAAUUUAUUGAUGAAAUGUCAUCGGCUUCGAAAGAUUUUCAUUCAAGGGUUAACUACUGCAAAUAUAUUCAAUUUAUCAUUAUUAUUUGAUAUAUUGGUUGAAAUCGCUCCAGAUUCCUUACAUGAAAUUAGAAUGUGUAUCGGAAUAACGUUUCAAAGGAUGAUUUGGAAGCCUUUUUCGAAAAUUGGAGAGGAGGAGGGUGUGCUAAAGCGUUAUGAUGUUUUAGAGGAUUAUGGUGAUUUUAUAGAAUUGCUUCAGAAUUAG